AUGUGGCAUCGCCUCAACGAUUCGACCUUUUACAUUCUCGAAGGCCAACUCCGUUUCUUCACCUCUAGCCCUGGCCCACAAGAUAACUUAGGUGUUGGUGCUAGAACUAUAACUUCCCGGAUUGUCCAAGCCGGCGACUACAUUGUCGUGCCCCCCAAUGCUAUUCACAAUUUCGACAAUCCAUUCGAUGAAAAGGUAUCCUUUCUCAAUACCUUCACGCCUGCCAAUUACAUUGAUGCGAUUCGCGUAAUCGCAGCAAAGACACAAAAAGCUGUAGAUGAAGGCAGAUUUCCGUUGGAUCCAGAAGAACAACAAGAAGUCAUGAGAGGCUGGGCGACCUUCCCACCGCCUGUGAUAUAG